UAGCUACCAGCGCUAGCUUGCUGUUAGCUACCAGCGCUAGCUUGCUGUGCUGGUGUGUGAGGGGAACCUCUGAGGCUCUGCAGCAACAAUGUCUUCAGCUCAGUCUCUGAGAGAGGUGAUCAGAGAGCGGCUAACUGCUGCUGCUGCAGAAAUCUUCUCCGAGUUUGAAAAAACCAUCGUCCGCUACGAGGAAGAGAUCGAUCGUCAGCGCAGACUGCUGGAGAUCAGCUGGAAACCACAGAUCAACUUACACAGAAUAGAACUCCCACUGCAUUAUGUCAGGACAGAUGAGGAGGUUCUGACUGACCAGCAGCUCUGGAACCAGGAGAGGACCUCCAGUUUGGAGCAGGAACAAGCAGAACCUUUACAGGAGGGACCAGAACCUCCACAGAUGAAAGUGGAGCAGGAUGAGCCAGAACCUUUGCAGAUUGUAAAACAAGAGGAGCUCUGCAUCAGUCAGGAUGAAGAGCAGUGUGUACUGAAGCAGGAGACGGUGACCUCCCUUGUGACUCCUGCUGGUGAGGAAAGAGACCACGAUGAAGCAGAACCAGACAGACACCAACUCCUUUUGUCACUGUUUCCUGAGGCUGAGAUCAGAGCUGCUGCUGCUGCUCCGGGGUCAACAGAACUUCUAAAGCAUCAUGUUUGGGAAAAUGAGGAGGUUCUGACUGACCAGCAGCAUUUUAACCAGGAGAGCACUUCUAUUUUGGACCUGAAGAAACCAGAUCAUCCACUGAUCAAAGAGGAACAGCAGGAACUCUGUAUUUAUCAGCAUGAAAAGCAGUUCAUUCUGAAGCAGGAAAAUGUUACCUUCAGGAAUCCACCGUUGUGUCGGAGUUCUUCCAAAGCUGAGAACCAAGAUCAGGAUGGAUGCAGGAAUGGGAACUCUGAACGAAACAGCAAUGAAGACCUGACACAAAAUAAGAGACGUCAACAAAACAAAGAUCACAGAUACAGUGUGGACAGUCAGAAACUAAAAAAGAACAAGAGGGCUCACAGAGAUGAGAGACUGUUUAAAUGUAAACUCUGUGGGAAAUCUUUUAAUUACAAUAAUGUUUUAACUCUUCACAUAAGAACUCACACAGGUGAGAGACCGUUUAAAUGUGAAGUGUGUGGUAAAGGUUUUACCAAGAGUGGUGACUUGACUAGACACAUAAGAACUCACACAGGUGAGAAACCAUUUAGAUGUGAAACUUGUGGUAAAUGUUUCUCUCAACGUAGUAGCUUGACUGAUCACCUGAGAACUCACACAGGUGAGAAACCAUAUCCAUGUGCAACAUGUGGUAAACGCUUCUCUCUAAAACGUAAUUUAGCAUAUCACAUGAAGACUCUACACAGGUGAGAUGUCUUCCAUGUUUCAUCUGUUGAGUGAGAUUCAACCAUACACUUUGUUUAACUUCUCAUGUGAAAAUUCAUACUUGAUAGAUUUUCCUCACUAAAGUAAUGUGAAUAGAAACAUGACUCUGAAAGGUGCUAUGCCAGUGUGGGUCAUUUAUCAUUUAAGCCUAUAACCAGUUGCACAGUGAGCAGAAAUUACAGGGAUUCUCAUUUAUGAAACAUUGCGUAGAAUCCUUACUAAAACCGUACUUAAGCUCAGCAAAAAAAAAAAGUACUUAUGCCAAGAAGGUUUGUGAUCUAUAAAACAUGGAGUAUGCACAGCUUCACGCAAUUUCCCCUUUAUAAAUCAGAGACUAUCUAGAAAGAUUCUCAGCUGCUUUUUAGUCACAUUCCACCCUCAACACGGCCACUUUCUGCCAUAAACGGUCAAUGCAAAGUGCCUUGUGGAUCCCAUGCAUAUACAAAAGCCAGCUUGUUGCAGCAUUUUGAUUGCUACUGCAGAUCAAGGAAGCACUAUUUCACAUGCAGAAAUUGAGGUACUUGUGGGUGAGGUGGAGAAAUGAAAGGAAGUACUUUUGCAAAACAAAUAGGAGAAAAUCCACGGAGUGGCACAGCGUUGCUGAAGCCAUCAAUGCUGUGAGUUCUUCAGAGAGCUCUGUGGUGGAUAUAAAAAAAUUAUUCGAUCAGGAUUCGAUCCCUGGACUCCCGGCUGAGAGUCACGCGUGCUAACCAGUCAGCCAAAGGGAGAUCUCCCUUGACCAAGUAGCCAGGGUGCAUGAGCAAUCGGGCCACAGUGACAGGGCGCUCGCACUGUCCCAGAUGCAUGACAUUUUGUCUCAAGCAUGAACCUGUUUAAUUACUGGGAAACCUUCUUCUUACCUACAUGUUUCUGUUUACUCUCUGAUUUUCUGUUCGUUUCAUAUUGGACUCCCAACCAAAUUAUUUAAAGACGCAUUUCCUUUGGUUACUGCCCCCAUUUUAGAUAUAAUCAAUCUAUUCUUAGUAAAUGGAUACGUACCACAGGAUUUUAAGGUUGCUGUAAUCAAACCUCUACUUAAGAAACCGUCUCUGGAUCCAGAUGACCUAAUGAAUUGUCAACAUGACAAUCCUUUCAUCUUAGAUUACGGUGACAUCAUUUAUAGGACUGCUUCCAGAAAACUUUUUCAUUAACUCGAUGUCAUUUCUCACUCAGCAACCCGUUUGGUCACUGGUGCCCCUUUCACUACUCAUCAUUGUGAUCUGUACUCACUCGUUAACUGGCCAUCACUCCAUUCCUGCAGGAUGUUACAUCAGUAUCAGUUCAUAUACAAAACAAUCAUCGGUAGAACCGUCAUAUCUUCUCUCAUUACUCAUCACUCCCAACAACCAGCACCAUUUAUGUUCCAGUAACUUCAUCUCUAUGGAUAUUCCCAAAGCUUGCACCUCCUUUGGCCACUCCUCAUUCCAGUUUGCUGCUUCCAACAACUGGAAUGAGCUGCAAAAACCACUGAAGCUCAUUACCGACAGUCCAUUAUCUACCUUCAAUAAUUUAUUGUUAUCAAUAGUUUCUGAUCAGUGUGCUUAUCAGACACUGCUUAAAGACACACGUAUAUAAUGUACAAAUUAUAAAUGAGAACAGUCCGUUGUCUUUAUGUCUAACCGUUCUAUCUGAUUUUAAUCUUGUAUUUUUUUAUCUUAGCUAUCUGCUGUUCUGUGGUGUGAAGCUAACUAUGUGUCUGUUGCUGCUGCCUCUUGGCCAGAUCCCCAUUGUAAAUCCACUCAUCUGGUUACAUAAAUAAAAAUGAAAUAUAGA